UGACUGAAAAGAGAGGCCAUGUGGUAAUUCACGAGACCCAAUUCAGCAUCCCCGACACCUUGAGCAUUCCUGAGCCUGAUCGACGCAUUGACCACCUCAUGGCAGCUUUCAACCUCACCCCCUCUGACCCUUCAACAUUCAUCCUGACAGGCAUCCCUGGCCUGGAAGCUGCCCAUGUCUGGAUUUCCAUCCCAUUCUCUACAUUCUACAUCAUCAGUCUGUUGGGAAAUUUUAUGGUUCUGUUUGUUGUAGGCAAAGAGGAGACCCUGCACAAGCCGAUGUACCUGCUGCUUUGCAUGCUGGCGCUUACAGACAUCAGCACAUCUACCUCCGUCGUGCCAAAGGCACUGUGUAUAUUUUGGUUCAAUUUGAGGGGCAUUACUGUGAGUGGUUGCCUCACCCAGAUGUUCUUCCUUCACAUGGUUUCUGCUAUGCACUCAGCUGUCCUCGUGACAAUGGCCUUUGAUCGCUACAUUGCCAUAUGUAACCCUCUGAGAUAUGCAACCAUCCUCACCAAUUCACGAAUAGCUAAGCUAGGGCUUGUGGGUUUGAUAAGAUCUGUUCUCUUUAUUCUACCAACACCCCUGCUCCUGAGCAGGCUGCCAUUCUGUUCCAACUACAUUAUCCCCCACACAUACUGUGACCACAUAGCUGUGGCAAAGAUAUCAUGUGGGGACAUCACAGACAACAGGAUGUAUGGCUUGGUGAUGGCACUUGUAGUCAUCGGGUUGGACCUGACGCUUAUUGCCCUGUCAUAUGCUCUGAUCAUCAGGGCUGUCCUCAGAAUCUCCUCCAAGAAAGCCCACCAGAAAGCCCUCAACACCUGCACAGCUCACAUCUGUGUGAUACUGACAUCUUACACUCCCUUCCUCUUCUCCAACCUGACACACCGGUUUGGUCAGGGCAUUGCUCCCCACAUUCAGAUCAUCUUGGCCAACCUCUAUUUCCUCAUCCCCCCCAUGCUCAACCCUAUAAUUUAUGGAGUCAAAACCAAAGAGCUUCGUGAAAAAGUAGGCAAAUACACCUGCAGAAGGUGAUCGCUGGGAGCCAAUGACUUUAAACCUGUGUGACAAGAGGAGGAAAAUAUAUCUCCUCCUUAAUCAAGGGUGCUCUGUCCCAGUUUGCCUGAACUUGGCAUUGUGGGAGUUCACAGUCUGAGAAGUUCCUCACACCUAACAUCUUAUCUCUCCAUAACCGAGUACAACUCUCUCUGUUGCUGUGUUCCCUCUCUCUGUCUGUCACCUCCUCUUUCAGCAUCACCCGUCAACACCUACCCCACACACCCUGUCAGUCGACCUUUCCAUAACUUCCAGACCACCAGAACAUACUGCACUUUUCUGACAGAAGGUGGGGUUCCAUUAGUUCCUGUAUGAACAGGGUUCUUGAUCAGUUCAACGAAGUGAAACUACACUUUCAGAUAGCCAAAGGCGAAGAAAUAAACUACAAUUACAAACUUCUUAAGUGUGAAAGAUGAUGUUUAUUGGGGUUAGAUUGAAGCAAGCAUAUCCAUAGCUCUACACGCCAGCAGAGUCUGUUCCCCAGUUUUCCAUUCCCAGCUCUGAUGCUGCAGAGUGUUUACCCCAUUUCCCCCUUCCUAGCUCUGACCCUACAGACUCUUUCCUGUGUCCCGUUCCCAUAAGCCCUAUUCCCACCUCCUCAUUCUUAACAGGCCAAAAUAUACCUGCAGUGCAUGCCCACAGUCCCACCCCUUUUGCACCCCAUGGAAGACGUAAGGAGUGAGGUUGUGCUACGAUCAGGGACAGGCAUUUCUUUAAUCAUUUAGUGUUUUAUACCUUCCUCCCAAUUCCCCUUUGCCCCUCCCAACUGGUUUUUUGACCUUGCCUUGCAAUAGGGGUGGAGGCAAUCUUAAAGUGUGCAUUCCAGUAACAUUUUAACUGCUCUUUUCUGUUCCAUUGUACUAACAAACCUCACUGGAUAAGCAACAUAUGCAAUGUCUUUGUCGUUUGUUUACACCUUACUAAGAAUGCAUGUGUAUUGUGGAAGUAGGGAAAGAAUUAACAAGGAUUUGAAGGGGAUCUUAAUGCAUGUCAGUCAGUUAGCAAGAGUCAAGCUAGUAGUUAGCAAGAGUUA